AUGAACGGAGUGCGCGGCGCGGGGGAAGACGAGCCACUCCUUGGGCGGAGAGGCGAUGCAGCGCAGGUAGAGGGUGAUUCUAUUUGGAAGAAUCUCUGGCUGGGCACCGCUCCCCUCGCCCAAGCAGGCAUAUGGAUACUCGCCGCCAUUAUUUGGGGUGCUAUCCUGUCCCACGACCUCAUCUUCUUCUCUGCGCAUCCCCUCCUCAACUCCGCCGGCCUCCUCCUCGUAACCCAAGCCGCCCUAAUCCUCCAACCCACACAUACCGCCGACCAAAAACGCACCGGUACCCUCCUCCACGCGCUGUUCCACCUCUUCGGACUCUCCGCCCUGCUUUCCGGCCUGGUCAUCAUCGAGCUGAACAAGGCCGGUCCGGGACACGAGCACUUCGAGUCGCCUCACGCAAUCCUCGGCUUGAUCUUCUACGUCGCUAUCUUGCUGCAGGCCGUGGUGGGGUUCACGCAGUACUACACGCCGAGCUUGUACGGCGGUGUAGACCAGGCCAAAGCGAUUUGGAAGUACCACCGCGCGGCGGGCUAUGUUGUUGCGACGGUGGGGUUGGCGACUGUUUGUGCGGCGAGCUGGACUACGUACAGUCUUAACGUAGCGCAUAUUCAGCAUUGGGCGGUGAUUGUGGCGAGUGUGUUGGUGCUGCUGGGUGUGGUGCCAAGGAUUAAGCUGCAGAAGUUGGGGCUGAGGAGAGCGGAUGGGGAGAUUAGGUUGAGUUCGUAG